AUGUCUUCGCCGAUAGAUCGUUCUUAUAUCCACACAGGUUCAUGGCAAAACUAUUCAGACAAUGAGAGUAUUGGUGCUACUAUCACUCUAAAAACCCGCGAUGCUGCUGUCCUCUUGGCCUUGCUGGCCAUCAUCGUCACCGUUGCUGGUAGUUCUGUCUGGAGAAUUAUUCGCUAUUUUUGUCAUCAGGCACGCUCCAAUCCCAAUGUUCAGCACGACGCCAUCUUUAUCCAGCAGCAAGCUAUCCUAAGGAAUGCCACAUCUGCUCUUUCUGCAGCUUGGGCCUUUACUCGGUUAUCUCACAGCUGGCGCAAGCAUCAAAAGACGAGCAGGAGCUCUCAUACGUUUCUCUUCCUGGCUGUUUCCAUCGUCAUUUUUACUGCUUUCGCUGUAGCAAGUAUUUUUUCCACGCGGGUGACAGCUGCUAAAGGUAUCACAUUCCUUCUUCAUAGUCCCAACUGCGGGUAUUGGAAUAGCACUCUUGCUGGCCCAACGCUCGAAGCUGUUAGGAUAUUGAAUGUCACAUACGCUGCCUCAGCCUACGCAAAGAAUUGCUACGACGAUGACAGCUCCAGUGCCUCGUGUGGUACUUUUGUUAAGCCGCGCAUUUCGUGGACUGCGAACAAUGAUGCACCCUGUCCAUUUGCAGCAAAGGCUUGCAGUGGGACUGCAAGACCCUAUGAGCUAGAUACGGGGCCAAUGGAUUCUCAUAGCACUCUCGGAAUAAAUGCAAAGCCGUCGGAACGUGUGACAUUCCGCAAAGUGGCUACAUGCGCAAAAAUAAACGGCACCACGUACGCUACCAACAAAAACGAGACAACUCAGACUGGAACGGAUAAUUUUGUACAGAUUUUGAUGGGUCCAACCCGAACGUCUAUUGGAGAUAUUAUUCACAAUUAUACUUAUGAGUACAAUGAACAUACGGCUUCUGUUGGGGUCGGAUACGGCCUCCAAGCCGUGAGUACUGGUUAUGAUAAUUGGACCCCUAUAUCAGAUUUCAACCGGACCGAUGCCGAUUCGACCAUGUUUUUUCUUUCUACCAAUGGUAUAGAUAACAUAAAUCCAGUCACCGAUCCCCUGUUCACAGCAACACGUGCUGUGAACAAGACACUCAAUAAUGGCGCUGUCGCGACUAGAUAUAUCAGCACUGCCUAUACGAGUGCAAUGGGUUGUAUCGAACAGUUCCAAAUAUGUAACCCUUCCAAGUCACCCCCGCUCUGUACCCCACUCGUUAAAUGGGAUGACCUAGGCGAUUACGUAGAGAAAAUCGACCUGAACGACUUGCAGUAUUCCACUGCCACGACGAUGUUUGUCGCGAGCUUCCAAUCAAAACUCUGGGCGGCAGUCAAUGGACGAGGCGGAAGCUCCCUGAAAGCACAAAGCACAGUGCUAAGUCUCACCCAGGUAGCGGCACUCCCUCCAAACCAAUGGCAGAUAGAGCUCGACGGCUGGUUCGCAACAUCUCUCGCAGUGUUGCAACAGCAGGUCGUAGAGAUCGCUACAGGACCAACUAAUUUUAACAACUAUUCCGUUAUCGAUGCACCCAGCGACAAAUACGAUCGGGAAAUAUGCACGCGCCAGAUGGUGCGCAACGUAGGCGGGUACCAGAACUUCAGCACUCUGGGCGUGUCUCUCAUCAUAGGCCUGGGGUCCCUUCUAGUCAUCGUGGGAGCCAGCAUUGACAGUAUCUGGGCCUUGAUACAAACGCACGUCUUAAAGAAGCGCUACACCAGUUAUGGCCGCUUAGCUUGGGAGUCGGAUGGAUAUUUGCAGUUGCAGAGAAUGGCGCAAGAGUCUGCUGGACACGAUAACUGGGUCAACUGUGAUGGCCAUAUUCCCGUUCUAAGGAAUAUAGAGAGCGAUUCGCAGCGAGUGAGUGUUUUGAACGUGUCGGAUAGGCAACACCCCCGGCUUUCACGAGCAAAGCAGGAGAUACUGUAUCGAGAGGUUACGCAGGAACAAGAUACCUUGCGGUCGAAACUUUUAGACACGAAGUCUUCUCGGUCUCCUUUCUGCUAA